UCUUGCAAACAAAAGCAGCAACACAAAUGCGGAAAGAGCAAAUCUGGAACAUUUCAAGUUUUCAGUGGACAUUGAUACUUCUGUUUCAUAUCUGAGCUGCUCAGGUGUUCAGAUUAGCUUUUCAUAAUGGGAGGUAAAAAUUCAACAAUAUUGAAAGAAGAUAUGGAAGAUUAUAUUGAUCUGUCAUACUUAAAUAUGGGAGAAAUUAAAAUGAUCGAAAAGAUAUUUUAUGCAAUGGCAGAUGGGCAUAAAAUAAGUUUACAGCACAGGUUUCCUGCUUCUGUGAUAAAAGAUACAUUCCCUCAAAUACAGGCAAAUCCUUUUGCAGAUCGCAUAAUAGAAGUAUUUUCUUCUCAAAAUGACAACCAUUUGUCUUUUGAGGAUUUGCUGGACAUGUUUUCAGUGCUUUCAGAAAACUGCCCUGACAGGGUUAAAGCACUGUGGAUCUUUAAAAUAUAUGACUUUGAUGGUGACACUUUCCUCAAGAAAUCAGAUCUAAUUAAUGUCGCAAGAAGAUUAACAGGUAUCAAUACUCUGGAAUUCAGAGAUUUGGAAACUGUAGCAAAUAAUGUUUUGAAGGAAGCAGACAUUUCUCAAAGUGGGGCACUUUCACCUAUGGAUUUUGUCCAUUUAGCACUGAAAUUGCCUGAAUUCUCCAGCUGCUUUACAGUUAGACUCUGAUAGAUAUCUGUAGCAUUAUACUGAGUAAAAUGUAACCUUUUUGUGCUGGCAUUAAUAGCAAGAAGAAAAAUUAUAAAUGUGUCAUUAUUGUAUAAUAUGAGGAAGUAAUAAUGUGAGGUAAGAUGUUAUCUGUAAUGAUAGCACCAGGGAUCAAAGUUAUAAGACAUGAACAUAGCUCCAUUUGAAAAAUAAUUUAUUUAAUUUUUAAAUUAUGAUCAAUACCUGCAGUUCUGUGCAGCUUGGAAAUAUGGAUAUAUGUUUUAAUGGAUCAGUGUAUGCCAGUAAUAAGAUUUUGGGACCUGAAACAUGCUUCAUAAUCUCUCCAAAGAGCCUUGUAGAUCUAAUGUAUUAUGAGCAACAGAGGAGAAGCAGAGGUCAGCUUGAGAUAGAUCACUUCAUGUAGUUUUUUCCAAUCCUCAGAUUGUGUGUUUAACUUUCCACAAUGGAGCAGGCUACAUACAGCAAUGAUUUUUGUCAUCCCAAGAAACUGUACCAGCUAUUAUUUCAAAUAACCUGUUAUCAGGAAGUGAAGAAGAAAUUAAUGGUUGAAAUUUAAGUUCAAAGAAGUAAAACAAGAACUACAUGAAUUAUCUUUAUUUCUUAAAAUUGGCAAUCAGCAAAUAUUUUCUUAUACUCUAGAAGCAUGAGGUUUCAUUAACCCUUAUUUUGAAGUGUAUACAAAUGCAGCAUUUAUAGUCUAACAAAAAAUCAAGACUACUACAAAUCAGUCCUCACAAUACAAAAUAGCUCCAAAUUUUUAUUUAAUAUUGUCAUAUGUAAACAAAAAAUAUCUUAUUUGAAUGCCUGAGAAUAUUGUUUAACAUUCUACAUUAAUUUAUAAAUCUGAAAAUGCUUAAAGGAAAUGAAAGAAAGAAAACACCCUUAUGUAUGUAGUAACUGAUUGUGUAAGACACAGUAAUAGAUUUCAACUGUAUUAAUUUAACAUUAGAUUCUUUUUACUUUAGGCUUAUUUUUGCUAUGUUAUUAUUAAUACUAUUUAGUUACUUUUUCUAUAAAUUAUUUAUGUAAGAAUAAUAGUAAUUUACUGCUGUAACAUUAUCACUCAAAUUUGCUGAUGAUGAGUAGUUACCAAACCCUUUUAUAAUUUUCUCUUAAUUGUAAUACAUAAUUGAUCAAUGCUACUUUCUUAUCAAAUAUCCGUUUAAUAUCUUGUCACGCUGGACAUCAUUUUAUUCAUGGUGAUGGGCAAUGUUUUCACACCAUGCUUCACAUAUUUUCAGAAGUGUUGUUACUUCACUUGUGUCUAGAAAGAUUAUCAAAAGGAACUCAAAGAAAUUAAUGGUUGAGAUUUAAGCUCAAUGAAGUAAAACAAGAAUUACAUUAAUUAUCUUUAUUUCUUAAAACUGGCAAUCAGCAAAUAUUUUCUUAUACUCUAGAAGCAUGAGGUUUCAUUAACCCUUAUUUUGAAGUGUAUACAAAUGCAGCAUUUAUAGUCUAACAAAAAAUCAAGACUACUACAAAUCAGUCCUCACAAUACAAAAUAGCUCCAAAUUUUUAUUUAAUAUUGUCAUAUGUAAACAAAAAAUAUCUUAUUUGAAUGCCUGAGAAUAUUGUUUAACAUUCUACAUUAAUUUAUAAAUCUGAAAAUGCUUAAAGGAAAUGAAAGAAAGAAAACACCCUUAUGUAUGUAGUAACUGAUUGUGUAAGACACAGUAAUAGAUUUCAACUGUAUUAAUUUAACAUUAGAUUCUUUUUACUUUAGGCUUAUUUUUGCUAUGUUAUUAUUAAUACUAUUUAGUUACUUUUUCUAUAAAUUAUUUAUGUAAGAAUAAUAGUAAUUUACUGCUGUAACAUUAUCACUCAAAUUUGCUGAUGAUGAGUAGUUACCAAACCCUUUUAUAAUUUUCUCUUAAUUGUAAUACAUAAUUGAUCAAUGCUACUUUCUUAUCAAAUAUCCGUUUAAUAUCUUGUCACGCUGGACAGCAUUUUAUUCAUGGUGAUGGGCAAUGUUUUCACACCGUGCUUCACAUAUUUUCAGAAGUGUUGUUACUUCACUUGUGUCUAGAAAGAUUAUCAAAAGGAACUCAAAGAAAUUAAUGGUUGAGAUUUAAGCUCAAUGAAGUAAAACAAGAAUUACAUUAAUUAUCUUUAUUUCUUAAAACUGGCAAUCAGCAAAUAUUUUCUUAUACUCUAGAAGCAUGAGGUUUCAUUAACCAAUAUUUUGAAGUGUAUACAAAUGCAGCACUUAUAGUCUAACAAAAAAUCAAGAAUACUACAAAUCAGUCCUCACAAUACAAAAUAGCCCCAAAUUUUUAUUUAAUAUUGUCAUAUGUAAACAAAAAAUAUCUUAUUUGAAUGCCUGAGAAUAUUGUUUAACAUUCUACAUUAAUUUAUAAAUCUGAAAAUGCUUAAAGGAAAUGAAAGAAAGAAAACACCCUUAUGUAUGUAGUAACUGAUUGUGUAAGACACAGUAAUAGAUUUCAACUGUAUUAAUUUAACAUUAGAUUCUUUUUACUUUAGGCUUAUUUUUGCUAUGUUAUUAUUAAUACUAUUUAGUUACUUUUUCUAUAAAUUAUUUAUGUAAGAAUAAUAGUAAUUUACUGCUGUAACAUUAUCACUCAAAUUUGCUGAUGAUGAGUAGUUACCAAACCCUUUUAUAAUUUUCUCUUAAUUGUAAUACAUAAUUGAACAAUGCUACUUUCUUAUCAAAUACCUAUUUAAUAUCUUGUCACUCUGGACAGCAUUUUAUUCAUAGUGAUGGGCAAUGUUUUCACACCAUGCUUCACAUAUUUUCAAACUCUUAUAUUAUAUAUAAACUAACUCCUUUUAUAAAUACAAACUUAUUUCUUGAAGUAGAAUUUCACUGAUUUAUAUAGUGACAAAACUGUAGAUAAUUUCAGUGAUAGUAGUGUUACAAGCACGAAAAUUAAUCAUAGGAUAUGAAAUGAACAGUUCACCACAAUUCACAUACUGAGUUCAGUCUUGCUAGGCCCCUGAUGUUGAUUCUCUUGAGAUAAUACUAAGGGAAACAAGUUAACUACUUAAACAACUGAAUUUUUUAUUGCCUCUUUUAUACCAUACAUAAAAGCCAAAAGUAUGACACAGUUACACCAUCGACAAGGUCUUUGUCAACCUCUCAGAGUGCAUGCAGUCCCAUUUUGGAAUGGGGAAAAAUUUUGUAUCUUUGCCAGUGGUAGUUGCGGAUGAGAUACACCCCAGAGGAACACAAAUACUAAUGGAACACUAGACCCCUGUGUGCCAAGGUAAGCAAUUCUUUAUUAGGAAUAAGAGGAAAACAGGAAUGGUUUUCAUUGUAAACCCUCAUUCUUCAAUAGUGUCAUAUAUUACCCUGUUAUGAAAGUAUCAUGAAGGAGGCUGUGAAACCUAUCUUCCAUGAAAUCUCAUGAGAAAGGAUAAUGAUUACAUCAGGAAAAGCAUGGGACAUUGCAAUGAAAUUGUUAAUUACUUUGCAACAGCACAGUUAUGAAAGCCAGAUGCCACUGGACAUGUUGAAUGGGCAAAGGUUCCAUGUACACACACUACUGAUGGCGGUACCUUUAUCAAAUACAUGUUGUUGUUGUGGUCUUCAGUCCCAAGACUGGUUUGAUGCAGCUCUCCAUGCUACUCUAUCCUGUGCAAGCUUCUUCAUCUCUACUGCAACCUACAUCCUUCUGAAUCUGCUUACUGUAUUCAUCUCUUGGUCUCCCUCUAUGAUUUUUACCCUCCAGGCUACCCUCCAAUACUAAAUUGGUGAUCCCUCAAUGCCUCAGAUCAUGUCCUACCAACCGAUCCCUUCUUCUGGUCAAGUUGUGCCACAAACUUCUCUUCUCCCCAAUCCUAUUCAAUACUUCCUCAUUAGUUAUGUGAUCUACCCAUCUAAUCUUCAGCAUUCUUCUGUAGCACCACAUUUUGAAAGCUUCUAUUCUCUUCUUGUCUAAACUAUUUAUCGUCCACAUUUCACUUCCAUACAUGGCUACACUCCAUACAAAUACUUUCAGAAAAGACUUCCUGACAUUUAAAUCUAUACUCGAUGUUAAAAAAUUUCUCUUCUUCAGAAACGCUUUCCAUGCCAUUGCCAGUGUACAUUUUAUAUCCUCUCUACUUCGACCAUCAUCAGUUAUUUUGCUCCCCAAAUAGCAAAACUCCUUUACUACUUUAAGUGUCUCAUUUCCUAGUCUAAUUCUCUUAGCAUCAUCCGACUAAAUUCGACUACAUUCCAUUAUCCUUGUUUUGCUUUUGUUUAUGUUCAUCUUAUACCCUCCUUUCAAGACACUGUCCAUUCCGUUCAACUGCUCACCCAAGUCCUUUGCUGUCUCUGAUAGAAUUACAAUGUCAUCGGCGAACCUCAAAGUUUUUAUUUCUUCUCCAUGGAUUUUAAUACCUACUCCGAAUUUUUCUUUAGUUUCCUUUACUGCUUGCUCAAUAUACAGAUUGAAUAACACCAGGGAGAGGCUACAACCCUGUCUCACUCCCUUCCCAACUACUGCUUUCCUUUCAUGCCCCUCAACUCUUAUAACUGCCAUCUGGUUUCUGUACAAAUUGUAAAUAGCCUUUCGCUCCCUGUAUUUUACCCCUGCCACCUUCAGAAUCUGAAACAGAGUAUUCGGGUCAACAUUGUCAAAAGCUUUCUCUAAGUCUACAAAUGCUAGAAAUGUAGGUUUGCCUUUCCUUAAUCUUUCUUCUAAGAUAAGUCGUAAGGUUAGUAUUGCCUCACGUGUUCAAACAUUUAUACGGAAUCCAAACUGAUCUUCCCCGAGGUUGGCUUGUACUAGUUUUUCCAUUCAUCUGUAAAGAAUUCGUGUUAGUAUUUUGCAGCUAUGGCUUAUUAAACUGAUAGUUCGGUAAUUUUCACAUCUGUCAACACCUGCUUUCUUUGGGAUUGGAAUUAUUAUAUUCUUCUUGAAGUCUGAGGGUAUUUCGCCUGUUUCGUACAUCUUGCUCACUAGAUGGUAGAGUUUUGUCAGGACUGGCUCUCCCAAGGUAGUCAGUAGUUCCAAUGGAAUGUUGUCUACUCCGGGGGCCUUGUUUCGACUCAGGUCUUUCAGUGCUCUGUAAAUCUCUUCACGCAGUAUCGUAUCUCCCAUUUCAUCUUCAUCUACAACCUCUUGCAUUUCCAUAAUAUUGUCCUCAAGUACAUCGCCCUUGUAUAGACCCUCUAUAUACUCCUUCCACCUUUCUGCUUUCCCUUCUUUGCUUAGAACUGGGUUUCCAUCUGAGCUCUUGAUAUUCAUACAAGUGGCUCUCUUUUCUCCAAAGGUCUCUUUAAUUUUCCUUUAGGCAGUAUCUAUCUUACCUCUAUGGAGAUAAGCCCCACAUCCUUACAUUUGUCCUCUAGCCAUCCCUGCUUAGCCAUUUUGCACUUCCUGUCGAUCUCAUUUUCGAGACGUUUGUAUUCCUUUUUGCCUGCUUCAUUUACUGCGUUUUUAUAUUUUCUCCUUUCAUCAAUUAAAUUCAAUAUUUCUUCUGUUACCCAAGGAUUUCUACUAGCCCUCGUCUUUUUACCAACUUGAUCCUCUGCUGCCUUCACUACUUCAUCCAUCAAAGCUACCCAUACUUCUUCUACUGUAUUUAUUUCCUCCAUUCCUUACAAUUGUUCCCUUAUGCUCUCCCUGAAACUCUGUACGACCUCUGGUUUAGUCAGUUUAUCCAGGACCCAUCUGCUUAAAUUCCCACCUUUUUGCAGUUUCUUCAGUUUUAAUCUACAGUUCAUAACCAAUAGAUUGUGGUCAGAGUCCAGACUGUUGCCCUUGCAACUACUGAAAAGGCUGCAGCCCCUCUUCUGGAACCACACGUUUGUCUGGCCUCUCAACAGAUACCCCUCCAUUGUUGUUGUACCCACAGUACAGCUAUCUGUAUCGCUGAGGCACGCAAGCCUCCCCACCAACGGCAAGGUCCAUGGUUCAUGGGAGGGAUCAAAUACAUGUGCAGUGGUUAUUGUGCCAGUACCUUAGCAUUAUGGUUACCAGAAGAGGAAAUCUCAGUUUGAUGUCAAAAUACAUCGGGGGUGAAACACUAGAAUUUUUUCUUUCGAAAUGUCCACCAGGAAAGACUUCAGUCCCAAUCAACUUCACUCUCAGAUGGUAGUGAUGAGGGGAGCAGAGUUACUGAUUCCCAGUUUUUGUCUAUUUUCCACAGUAAUAUCCACAACAAGACUAUGAUACACCGCAACAGCAACUGAUAAUUUAUUACUAAACUCAACUGUAUUUUAAGAAAUAGCUUUAAGCUCCAUAACAAGUGGUUUGUAUGAUCAUGGUGGUCAAAUAGCACUAAUUUCCACAAUUAUCAUUGUGAAUAGAGCAACACUAGUAGAAAUACAUCGUUGUUAAUCCAGUAUGUAAAGCCUUGUUUUAAACAAAUAAAUAGUUUGGCUUGCUGA